UCAUCUGCAUUCACCUGCGGACUUCACUGCCCUGUCCUGAAACCUGCGGGGUCAUGAUUUCUCUCCAGCCAGCUCUCCAGGCCUUGGGCCUCCCCUUCUGCUGCAUGAGAUAAAAAUCUGCUGCAGGAAGCACGAAGGGUUGGAGGGUCAGAAGAUGGGGCCCAUGAACACGUCACCGAGUAGUCACAGGGGUUCUGAGCAAUGGGGUCAUGGUGUUGCCCACAUGGCAGAGGGGUUCCUCCCGCCUCUGCCUCCAGAAUGGAUCGGGAGCCCCUGCAGACACCUUGCCAGCAUUGGGCACCCCGCAGAGCCGUCAGGUCUUCUGCCCGCUAGGCUGAGCACAGGAUAACCCUGCCCUGGGCAGCAGCCCUGGCUGUGGGUGGCCCACAGGGACCUGCAGGGUGAGCUUGGAUGCUGUAUGUGAGCGUCACCCACGCGCCCUGAGCUCACCCCUGAUGGCGACAGCUCGGGUUCUGGGCAUCACCGCCAGGACUGCUCGUUGCUCAAUUCUGUCUGGCAGACACGGCUGGCAGGGGAAGCGGCUGUCUCUUCUGGUGAGGCAUCGCCGGGGGCCCCACGACCACAAGGUGUACAGUGUCCAUGUCCCCCCAGCACUGCCCAGAGCCUACCUAUUUCUCAACCCCGCCAGCACUCACCUUACCCCACCGCACCCCACCAGCUGGCAUGGAAGGAUGUGGGGCCAGUGGAGAUGGCACUGGGGCCAUCUGGGGUCUGCAGGGCUGUGGCAGGGGAGCCAGGUGGGGACAAGGGGCCAGGUCAGAGGUCACUCCUGAGUCCUGUCCUGUGGGGAGUGAUAUCUGCCAUUGCUACCCGAGCUCCGAAUUUCUUUCUGCUGUCCCCUGCCGGUCCCUCACCCGUCCCUGCAGGCCUCCUGAGGGGAGAGUGAAGCCAGAGCCUGGACGACGCGUGGCUUGGUCACCAGAGGCUCCCUGCUCCCCCUGGGUGCUCGGGAGGUGCUGGCCUCUCGGGCUGUUUCCACAGGCGAACAGGAAAGUGCGCAGCAUGCUGAGCCCUGUCUGAGACUCGCCCAGGACUUCCUAAAGUGUGCUCCAGCGUCCUCAGCUACCACUUGGCUGGUGCUCUUUUGAUAAAGGAGUACACGUAUGCACAAGCGCUGACACCCUGACACGCGCGACAUUGAGCAAGUCGGUCACUGCUCUCAGGAAUGAUUCACCACAUUCAUUGGUGACCUAUGAGAUAUGGAGCAAACCCUGGGAAGAGGGGUGAUCCCCAAACCGGGCAGAGGUCCCCCAGCUCCUGGCCAAGUGGGGCCCAGAAAGGGAUGGGGCCCAGUACCACAGUGUGGCGCACCCUAAGCUGAGCAACCCCCGUGGCUGCACCACCAAAGCUUUCCUUGGCCCUGGAGGAGCAGCUGCAGGCUCAGAAGGGCAGCCGGCCGGGCCUGACCCGGGAGGAAUUCGACUCUGCCCUGUGCCCCGGCUGCUGCAGGAGCCAGGAGGGCAGUCCCUUGCCCCCAAAGCAGCGUGCCCAGGUUAAUGAUUGGCCCCGCCAGGGCCCGGUCAGGCUGUUUUUGUGUGUCGCUGUUUUGCUAUUUUACGUAAAUCACCCUGAACACGUUUGCAUCAACCUCCCGAUGAUGCACCUUUGAUCAAUAGAAUUUAGACAAAAGUGGCUUUUGAGUCCAAAGAUCAGGGCUGGGUUGGCCUGCAGACUGGCUGCAGGGCAUAUAAAACGGGCAAGGCGCGGGCCGAGAGCAGAGCGCUGGCUUCGCAGCCGCAGUCCCGACGUCCCUGGCUAUCGGAGGCUCUGGGCCCAGGAUGGAGCUCGGGAUGAAUGUGCUGCACGACUUUGGGAUCCAAUCCACGCGCUACCUGCAGGUGACUUACCAGGACUCGCAGGACUGGUUCAUCCUGGUGUCCGUGCUUGCCGACCUCAGGAACGCCUUCUACGUCCUCUUCCCCAUCUGGUUCCACCUGCAGGAGGCCGUGGGCAUCAGGCUGCUCUGGGUGGCCGUGAUUGGAGACUGGCUCAACCUCGUUUUCAAGUGGAUCCUCUUCGGACAUCGCCCGUACUGGUGGGUCCGGGACACAGACUACUACGACAACACCUCAGCGCCACUGAUUAAACAGUUCCCGGUCACCUGCGAGACAGGACCAGGGAGUCCUUCCGGCCAUGCUAUGGGCUCAGCAGGUGUGUACUACGUGAUGGUCACCUCGAUCCUCGCUAGCUUUCAGGGAAAGAAAACACCAACCUACAGAUUUCGGUGCCUGAGCGUCAUUCUGUGGUUGGUGUUCUGGGCCGUGCAGCUGAAUGUGUGUCUGUCCCGGAUCUACCUCGCUGCUCACUUCCCGCACCAGGUUGUCGCCGGAGUCAUGUCAGGCAUCGCCGUUGCGGAAACCUCCCGCCGCGUGCGCGGCAUCUACGACGCCAGCCUCCGGAAGUACGUGCUGGUCACCGGCUUCCUGUUCGCCUUCGCCGUGGGCUUCUACCUGCUGCUCGGGGCGCUGGGCGUGGACCUGCUGUGGACGCUGGAGAAGGCCCGGCGGUGGUGCGAGCGGCCCGAGUGGGUGCACAUCGACACCACGCCCUUCGCCAGCCUGCUCAAGAACCUGGGGACGCUGCUGGGGCUGGGGCUGGCCCUGCACUCGGGCCUGUACCGCCGCGGCUGCCGCGGCCCGCUCCGGGGGCGCCUCUCCUUCCGCCUGGGCUGCAUCGGGGCCUCGCUCGUGCUCCUGCACCUCUUCGACAGCCUGAGGCCCCCGGCCCGGGUUGAGCUGGUCUUCUACGUGCUGUCUUUCUGCAAGAGCGCCGCGGUGCCCCUGGCGUCCGUCGGCCUCAUCCCCUACUGCCUGGCCCGGCUGUUGGGCGGGACGCACGGGAAGGCGCUGUGAGGUGCUGGGGUCCGCGGAGCCGAGCCCGCCACCGCCAGGCCCGGGACCGAGGCUUCCUGCCGGGCCGAGGCGCGAAUCGGCUGGGGUCGCCUCUGCCAGCUCUGCGAUUCCCAUCACGCUGGGUGGUGGUUUUCAGAAACUGACCAGGCCGGCGUGGGAAGCCUGGGCCGUCCAAAGUUGCAGCCUCCUCGAUGUCCCCUGAGAAUUUUUCCUGUUCUCCCGCCCGGUGGGCACAGUAAGACCUCCAGGUUGGGGAGCUCACGAGCCCAGGAGCCCAGGACGGAGACCAGACCUGAGACUCUCCUGCUGUGCCGUCCUCACUCCCAAAGGAGAAAAGCUCACUGGAUUUGCUAGGAAGGGGAGGCUGGGCCAAGGAGGAUUUGCAGCACCUUGCUCAUAACUGCUGGACGCCAAGCGGUGUCUAAACGGCGUCGGUGAUAAUCGGAUCCUUAGACGUGGUGCUGUCCAUGAUGUAGACCCCCGGGGCGUGGUGCUGCGUGCCUGCCAUCCCAGCUCUUGGGAGCUGAAGCAGGAGGAUGCGAGUGUGAAUCGAACCUGUGCAACCUAGCAGCUGAGACAGAACUUGUCUUAAAAUAAAAAGGGCUGGGGCUGUA